AUGUUCACAUUGCAGGACCGUCUGGAAUGCGUCUAUCAAGGCAACUUUCGAGAGCGAGAGAGUAAUCGGUCCGCAAGCUAUGUCGCCAACCUUGAGAAGAAAGUAGAGGAGCUGGCUUUGAAGUUGCGCAACACCGAAGCGCAAAGACAACUUGAAUCUCCGCAAUCACAGGAUCAAGCUCCGAGAGUAGAUCAAACCUCAACAGGCCUUGAGUGUACUCCAAGUUCCCUACCUCAACCAGGACAAACGCCCGAAGAAAGAGCAAGACCUCCUAAAGAGACGCUACACGAAGACUUGGGUGAAAGUGCGGCUGAAAUCCAAGAACUGAAUCAUCACACAAAUGGAAUAGAAUUUUAUGGCAGCACCUCGGCUGCUGCAAUUCUUGGCCACCUGAAGAAAUCAAAGGAGCCUAAUGCCUACGAGGAUCCUUCCCCUCGUGCAGCGAAAUUUUCUUUGAUAUCGACUCUGCACAACCCAGGCUUUUCACCAGCGUGCUCUACGGGCGUACUCACUGGAAGUGACGAGCGCAAUUAUUACUUUGAAGUGGCUUACAUUUUUAUGAGCGGGUAUUUUGAAAAUAUCCAUUUCAUUCACCCAUUCAUUGAUAAAGAGGGCUUUCUGCUGCGUGCAAAUGAUCUAUGGAUGAAUCCAAUACCGGCCCAAGGAUCCAGCUUCAUUGCCCUCUACUUGAGUGUCUUGUCCUUCGGUGCGCUGGUUCGCGUUUGGGAUGAAGACAAGAUAGCUGGUCUGGGUCGAUUCGAAUGGAGUCGAAAGUUAUUUGGCGAAGCCCAAGCCCACCUGAACUACUUGCGAUUCUCAAAUGAUCUGGAGACAGUGCAGUGUCUUUACAUGAUGGCCAAAAUCUGUCAAAAUGAGCUGAAUCCCAACCUGGCCUAUAUGUAUCUAGGACUUGCGGUGCGCACUUGUCUCUCAGCAGGGUUUAAUCGUGAAGUUGAGUCUCCGAAAGAUCCACGGUCAAGCUGGAUCUCGAAAACUUGGUGGGGAAUAUUUUCUCUGGAAAUAGAGAUGAGCUUUUCUGUUGGCCGACCGGAUACACUCGGCAUGGACGAGUAUCACAAUCGAGCCAUACCCAAUCGCGAUGAUUCUGAAUACGCGAUCAUUGCCUGGAUGAUCGAUUUCGCCCAGAUCAUCCGUCGUGUGUCUGUCCAAAUAUACCAUUCUCGCAUCACACUUCAAGAGAAGCUGCGGCUAUCUCUACAAAUUGAAUCAGAGAUGGACCGCUGGCUCGCAAGGUUGCCAGACAGGAUUAAGCCAGAUAUCGGACCGAACCAGCCCUGUCGCUCAGCGCUUCGGGAUCCUAAAUGGGCCAGGAGGCAACGCCUUGUGCUGGGUAUAAGAUACUAUAAUGUCAAAAUGCUCUUGUUUCGACCUUUCCUCGGUCAUUUCACUCGCAAACUACGGCAUCCUCCGAACGAAUUGGAAGAGGCCAUCUCGAAAUGUUUGGAUGCCGCUAUGAAGACCAUCGAAGUUAUUUACGAUAUCUAUCGUGUGCACACUUUCUUUCGAUGCUGGUGGUACAACACAACCUACAUCAUGUUCGCAACGUCGACUCUCCUCCUUCCGUUGUCGAAACUGGGAAUGUGUGCGGACACAAGCCCACUUCUUCGCUCUGUUGAGAUGGGAGUUGAGAUCCUUGAGUCAAUGGAUGAAUCGGUCGUAGCUCGCAGAUCCGUGGAGAUUAUCCGACAUUAUCUGCGCGACUUCCACGCCUCCGCUGAGCAGCCAUCUACUACGUCCGUAGCAAAUGGCUUGACCGGGGAGCUCGUGGGUCUUACGGAACCUGCUUUCGAAGGAACACAUUCCACAAAUUUGGAACUUCCCGAGUGGGCCUACGGGUUUGGGUUUCCAGAUUGCUCAUUUGAGGGAAUAGCUCGGCUGUUUGAUGACAUUGGCGGUCUGCCUAUGCUCGAUACGGAUUGA